AUGAUAAGUGUAUAUAUCGUUCAAUUUAAUGAAGAUCAUGCAUUAUCACUUAUGAUUUGUGUUGAAGACGGUUGGGAUAUAACUGCUCAAUUUAUUUCAAUAAGUGAAUUAUUAUUAGAUCCAUAUUAUCGAAUAUUUGAAGGAUUUCACACAUUAAUUGAACAUGAAUGGUUUGCAUUUGGACAUCGAUUUUCACAUCGAUCAAAUCAAACAGCUACGAAUACAAUUGGUUUUGCGACGAUUUUUCUUCAAUUUCUUGAUCUUGUUCAUCAAGUAAGAUUUAUUAAAAUGAAUUAUAGUUAA